CCAGAGUCGAAAGCACAGACCAGUAAAUAAAGUCUAAAGCAAACUGGUGCUUAGUCUAUGGGUGACAAGUAUAAAAAUAAAUAAAAGAAAAUAUUAACUGAUUUUUCGAAAAAGUAUCACAGAAGUAUAUUUAUAUCAAAAAUUAUAUCAACUGUUUAGUUAUGCAGUUUAAGUUUGCCAUUAGAACUUUUACUAAAACUACAUAUUGUAUAUGUUAUACAGUACAACCUCGAAGAUUUAAAUCCAAAGUGCCCGCAAAUCCAGUGACAACAUUAGAAAAACAAACGCACCAAAGAAUUAAAGUUGAUACAAACACAAUAGCUCUAUUAGAGAGGCUUUCUUUAGUAAAAUGCGAUACGGACGAGGGUGUUAAGGUUUUGGAAGAUUCUAUCGCUUUUGCAGAUAAAAUUCUUCAUAUAGAUACUACUGGGGUGGAACCUCUGUAUACUGUUUUAGAAAAUGAAAAUCUAAGUUUACGACAAGACCAAAUAACUCAAGGCAACUGUCAAGCUAAUAUUUUAAGAAAUGCUAGUGUAACAGAAGAUGACUAUUUUGUUGCUCCCCAAGGCAACAUACCACUCCAUGAAGUGCAACCUGAAAUAAUAAAAUCACAAAAAGUAAAGAAAAAUGAAAACUGAUUUACAAAAGCUUACUUCCUUAGCAAAAUUCC